AUAUAUUUAAUAUAUAUGCGCCGCGCGAUCGGGGACAUGGGGCCCGCCUCCGCCGCGGCGCGGAGGGCGGCCGCCUUGGCGGGCCUCCUGGUGGCGGUCGGCCUCGCGCUCGCGCCGCUGGCCGCGGCGCUGCGCCCGCUCAGGGAGCGCGUCGCGUCCGCCGCCGCCUCCUCCUCCUCCGGAUCGUGGGGCGAUGAGCAUGCAUUCUUCAAGAGGGAUGAAAAUGAGAUAAGUCCAUAUUCAUGGAAUAUCACAGGGACAUAUAAAGGAAGUUGGAGCUUUGCUGGUUCCACAAAUGGUUCUUCUAGGUUUCUUGAGUUUACAAAAUUGAAAGGCGAUUCAGUUUUGGAAUUAUUGAGUACACCAACAAAGAUAAGUGGUGUACACUAUGUUCAGGGAUCAGUUACAUUUCAUGAUGUUAUAGACAAUGCCCAUGAUCGUGGAGUUGCUCAAAUAAGGUUGGAAGGCGUGUAUAUAUGGCCUUUUAGGCAACUUCGGAUGGUUGCAAACAGUGGCGCAGAUGGUGAGCCACUUCAAGAAGAGGAUUACUUCUUGUCAAAUCCUUAUCAUUUGCUGCGGAUUUUCUCCUCUCAAGUGUUCCAAGAAACAUCUGAAGAGAAGAAUCGAAGGAAGAACUCUCUAACGUACGACAUGGAGAAGCACUGUAGCGUAGAAAUAGCUGCUAAGGUGGUCCGUGUGUCCUCUAACCUAAAUGAGGGAGAGCAUGAAAAAUACCGUUUGGAGGGAUUGAUGGAGAGUCCAGCAGUGGAUGAUGAUGGAGAAUGCUUCUCACCAAUUUUAUUAAAUGCAACAUCACUGAAUGUUGAAGUUUAUUACAACAAAGCAGUCAAUUAUACACUGAUGGUCACUUUUAUCUCCUUCCUCCAAGUUCUGUUACUGAUUAGACAAAUGGAGCACAGCAACACCCAGUCUGGAGCUGCCAAGGUUUCAAUUCUAAUGAUUGGACAACAAGCUAUCAUGGAUGCAUAUCUUUGUUUACUGCAUCUGACUGCUGGGAUAUUGGUUGAGUCUCUCUUCAACGCAUUCGCAACAGCAGCUUUCUUCAAGUUUGUUGUAUUUUCUAUAUUUGAGAUGCGAUAUCUCCUUGCGAUAUGGAAAGCCAGUAGACCAUUGAGCAGUGGAGAAGGUUGGGAAGUAAUGAGAAGAGAACUGUCAGUUCUUUACAGCCGCUUCUAUGGCAUUCUUUUGGGUGGGAUCCUUCUCAUGUAUGAGUUGCACAAUUUUCUGCGGCCACUUCUUUUCCUGAUGUACUCCUUUUGGGUUCCUCAAAUCGUCACAAAUGUCAUCCGGGAUACAAGAAAACCCUUGCACCCUCAGUAUAUUUUAGGCAUGACGAUUACACGCCUUGCUAUUCCGCUGUAUAUAUUUGGUUGCCCUAACAAUUUCAUGCGCAUUGAGCCUGACAAGAAGUGGUGCAUAGCUGUGACAAUAUUCAUGGGUAUCCAAGCAGCGGUGCUCCUGCUCCAGCACUAUUUUGGUUCACGUUGUUUCAUUCCUCACCAGAUUCUCCCUGAGAAAUACUGCUACCACAGGAAGGUUGAGGAUAACUCAAAUCAGCCCGUUGAUUGUGUUAUUUGCAUGACCACAAUCGACCUUACCCAAAGAACAAGUGAAUACAUGGUUGCACCUUGUGAGCAUAUAUUCCACUCAGGCUGUUUACAGCGUUGGAUGGAUAUCAAGAUGGAGUGCCCAACUUGCAGGCGCUCCUUGCCGCCAGCUUAGAUGAGCACUACUUUGUACCAUAUAGUUAACUAGUAGGUAGCUCAGCAUAUACAAGGUGGGAAUUGAGGCGCAAUAAGACGAGAGUUCAACCAUGGGUGGUUUCGGAAAGAUAAUGUAGAAAAAAAAUCUGUUACGUUUUUAAUCUCAGGUGAUCGUUGUCUUGUACAAAAAUCAUUGUACCAGUUCUUCCCACGGAGAAAAUCUUCCUUAA